CAUUACCCACCACAAUGCGGAAGACGACGACACUGCUUUCCCUCUCCUCCCCGCAGAUGGUUCUAGUACUGGCAUAGAUCACGAGCUUGACGAUUUACCCCACCCACGCAAGACGAGCCUUCAUACAAGUUCUCAGCAGAAUGACGAGCGCGUCCUGCCUAAGUUCAGGCGUCGCACUCCUCUCCCCCUCCUACAGCUCUUCAUAUUGUGUGCAACGCGGUUAUCAGAGCCGAUAGCAUACACUCAGAUCUUUCCUUAUAUUAACAAAGUGAGUACUAGGCGCCACUUAUGAUUAAUUGACGACACAAGUCGAGCCUGAGGUACAGCAGGCAUUGGGUGGGGUAACGUUGUUCUCAUUGUCAUAUCUGACUUGAUGAUCCACGCCGAGCCUGCGUUUGCCGAAUCUCUGCGGUACGGUCCGUACCUAAUAAUGAAAUCGGAGUAAUCCUAUUACUGGCUUCGUGAUAAAACACGAAUGGAACUCGAUCCGAGUCUACGGUUCGCGAGGACCAUGCUAGCGCCACGUCUGCUCUGCUUCCCUUCCAGACUUUAAGCUUUAGUUUUCCCCUUUGCACUUCUGCAAAUUUUCGUGUUGAUCUGCCGUGCUGACAUGCCAUUACCAUUAGAUGGUGGAGGAUAUGAGGGUCACCAACAAACGACAAGAAAUUGGCUAUUAUUCCGGUGUUGUGGAUAGCAUCUUUGCUGUUUGUCAGCUCUUCACUGUUCUUCAAUGGGGAAGGUUAUCGGAUCGCAUUGGGCGGAAACCCGUUAUCCUUAUUGGCCUAUCUGGCGUCGCACUUUCCACACUUCUUUUCGGCAUUGCACGUUCCUUCUGGUUCGCGGUUAUUGCACGAUCACUGUCAGGCGCGCUUUCGGGGAACGCCGCCGUCGUGCAGAGUGUCGUCGGUGAGAUCACGGAUGAGACGAACCAGGCGGAGGCUUUCCCUCUUACUGGCCUUUCUUGGAGUCUCGGGUGCAUUAUAGGACCUAUGAUUGGAGGUAACUUUGUAAACCCAGAAAAGAACUUCCCGAAGACGUUCGGCGCAAUGCAAAUAUUCAAGGAUUACCCGUACCUCCUUCCGUGUCUUGUCUCUGCCGUACUCACAAUUAUAUCCGUCCUCGUAGGCUUGGUAUUCAUGAAAGAGUCACUACCAUCAAAAGUCCGGCUUGAUCCAAGCUUGCCGUCUCCUAUAUCCGCACGCCACUCGGAGAAACUCCAUGCAAGUACGAAGCAGUUGGAGGAAGAGAUCUCUGUACGCACGAUCCUUUCAUCCAGAAGCAUCCGUUCCGUGUUCCGGAAUUAUUUCUUGCUCUCCGUCUUGGGUACCUCCUUUGAUGUUGUCUUUAUCUUGCUUGCAUAUACGCCCGUGCAUCUGGGCGGGCUCUCGCGAACUCCUGGCGAAAUAGGAUAUGCACUCGCAUUCAGUGGUGCAGCUGGUGCAGUUGUACAAGUCUUCGUCUUUCCGGUACUCCAGAGGCGCUUCGACAACGUCCCGUUAUAUCGAAUACUCAUGCUUCUUUGGGCACUGUUGUUUGGUAUCCUUCCUUUCCUCGGUUUCCUAGCGCGUUGGACUGCACCGUCAGCCGCGCUGGAUCCCUCAACUGCGAAUAUUGGUUCAGACAUCGACUUCAGUGAUCCAGGAGCGGGAGGAGUGUAUGCGUAUCCUGCCGGACCUUUACUUUGGGCAGGCAUUGCAGUAGCACUUGCGGUACUGAGGUGUGCACAUAUGUGUUACUCUCUCAAUGUCAUUCUCGUCAAGAACGCUGCACCCUCGCAAGAGGCGCUUGGAGCAACGUUCGGUCUUGCGCAGACUGUCGCCUGCGUUGCACGCGCAGGUUCCCCCGCCUUCGUAAGCUCACUUUUCGCGAUGUCCAAGAAGUACCAUCUUCUACAUGGUAACCUCGUGUGGGUCGUCAUGUUCGGCAUCGCUGUCUGCGGUUGGUGGAGUACGUUGUACAUCACUGACGGUCCCGAUACCGACGUACAAGUGGGAUAUCGGCCGCUUAGUACAAAUGUUCGCAAUAGUCGAGAAGCCGACGAGAGCGAGGAGUGCGAGAUGCAUAUACUCUAAAAAAUCUCGCGGAAACGAAGACGAAGUGCACAUAAUACUGCACAAUGGAGUGAACUCUGUCGAACAGCUCUUAUUGUUGUUUCUGCAUGUUUUCAAAAUCCCAGUAAUGGGUUUAUGUAUUGUGGCAAGCCUGUUGUUGUAUGUAGAUAACUAGAAUAGACAGACUUUUUGAUGAAAACUACAAUGCUUUUGCCAUUCGAGUUACCCAGUACUAUCUAUGCUGCACCCAGAAUGCAGAAGAUCAACGGCCAGAAAGCACGGGGCUCAAUGGUUC